CAGGGAACAGCCGUCGAUGUUAUUAUACCUAUAGCAUAAUGCCCCUGGAACAAUAUUGUAAAGACUCAUGUUUUUCAUUCCAGUAGAUCUUUUACUGAAGUGAACUUAAUUUCGAAUACCAUUAUCUAUACCAUUAUCUAUGUUGCAAGCAGAUAGAACAUAACCGGUUGUAGUUCUCUCAAGUCGUAUUAGAGGGUAACAGAUGACGCAAUUUUGUUAUUGGGACAUAAUUGUAAACAAUGCGAUACAACAACAAUAAUAAUAAUCUUAUUGCGCAAGUACACGAGUAAGCGAGUCCAACAAAGUUGCUCUGACCUCAAGAACAGUAAGCAUGUCGACAACUACCGUUACGUUUGUGACACCGAAGGCCCCCGCGCCGCCGGGUCAGCCCGAUAUCUCGUAUGCUCCGGACUACGAUAAGUGGCAGGCCCGAGCGGCUCGUCGACUCAAAGAGGGGAACUUGCCGACUACACUACCAGAAGGUUUCCCGGUGCAAUUGAAGGGGGAUUUAGUAUGGGAAGGUGAAACUGUAGCAGACACUUAUGACUGGACCUAUGUUCUCAGUGACGAACAGCUUGAUGAGAUAGACCGAGCUGUAGAUCACUUCAAGGGAUUGGGUUUGUUGCUGGGCCAUCUCACGGCAGAGACGUUCCCGCUCCCGAGCCUCCACGCAGAACUACGCCGCCUGUCCGCAGAAUUGCACAACGGGCACGGGUUCUUCGUGAUUCGUGGCCUGCGUGUCGACGACCACUCUCGGGAGGAAAAUGUCAUCAUCUACGCAGGCAUUUCCGCCCACAUUGCUGCUCAGCGCGGUCGGCAGGAUCACAAGUAUAACGGUCAGAAGGCUGAUGUGGUCCUCAGCCACAUCAAAGAUUUGACCUGGUCGCAGAAUAAUGGCUCCAUCGGCAGUCCGGCCUAUACUACCGAUAAACAGGUCUUCCACACGGAUUCUGGCGAUAUCGUGUCUUUAUUUGCCCUCGAGACGUCGGCAGCGGGUGGUGCUAGCAAAUUAGCGAGUACGUGGCGGGUAUAUAACGAAAUUGCUGCUACUCGUCCGGAUCUUAUCCAUACCUUGUCUCAAAGUUGGGAUAUGGAAGUAUUCGAGAAAGCCGAUAAGCAGUACGUGGAAAGACCGCUGCUGUAUCACUUCCCUGGGACAGAUUCAUUCCCCGAGCGGGUUGCUCUACAAUAUGGCCGACGAUACUUCGUUGGCUUCGGUGCUCUCCCACGCAGCUCUAACAUUCCGCCUAUUUCAGAGGCUCAGGCUGAAGCUCUCGAUACAAUCCAUUUCCUAGGUGAGAAGUACUGCGUGAAUACCAAUUUCCAAAAAGGAGAUAUCCAGUAUAUAAACAACCUCGCCAUCUUCCACGCAAGGGACGGAUUUACCGACACGUUAGAGAAGCGUCGUCACCUUUUACGUUUAUGGCUGCGGGACCCAGAAAAUGCUUGGCCAACCCCUGAGGCUUGGAAGUACCGUUGGGCACAACUUUACGAAGGUGUUACACCAGAAGGACAAGUCUUUCCUCUUGAACCAUUUAUUCGUAGUGCUGGAAAUAAGGGGAGAUGAGGUUGACCGCGUGUGCGUGAUCUAUCUCUACACCAAAAUGCUAGGAAAGCUGCAUAUCUAUCGCUGUGUUGAAAAGGAAGCCUCUCGCCAAGUGGCGAAUUCCUACCCUGUACCUAAAGCCAAAGACGCCGAAACGCAUUAUCAAAAAUCUACUCUAGGAGAAUUUCAUAAUCGUCCUUCGCAACCCGCACAGGCUCAUUCCCGCCUCCAUAUUUACGUCGGAAAAGUUCGAAGAUGAUUAGACCAGCACUGGUACUUGGCACCUGUCGUACUGUAGUAAUUUGUUAGAUGUAUCUCCCACCAAGCUGAUAUGACCCAGGCACUGGCUCAUUUACCGCAGGAAAAGACUUACUAGUGUUCCACCAAAAUCCACGA